UAAGCAAAACUCCAUCAUCUAUAUAAAGAGAACUCCUUAGAGAAUCAUAAUACAAACCAAACCAUAUAUCAAACAAAACAACUUUUUUAAAAAAAUAUGGUGAAACCUCAACUUCAACUAUCAUCACAAUCCACAAAAACCCUAAUUCCAUAUUGGAAUGCUAAACCAUUAUUCUUAGCCUCUUUUCCCAUAAAUACUUUAAAUAAUAAAAAUCUUAGAGUUAAUAAAAAAAAGAAGAAUUUUAUCACCAAGGCUGUGGUAAGUUCUACUGAAAAAUCCACAUAUGUGCAAAGUUCUAAUAUUGAAAAAUCAACAAGUGGUAAAGCAUUGGUAAUUGUUCAAAGAACAGUUGGAGGAACUAAUUUGAGUUUAACAAGAGGACUUGAUGAUAUUGGUGAUUUAUUUGGUAGAUCACUUUUUUUGUCUAUUGUUGCUGCUGAGCUUGAUCCUAAGACUGGAAUUGAGAAGCCAAUAAUUGAGGGAUUUGCACGUCGUGGACGAGAUGUGGAUGGUAACAGAGAAUAUGAGGUUGAAUUUGUAAUUCCUGAAGACUUUGGGGACGUUGGUGCAAUUUUAAUAGAAAAUCAACACCGAAAGCAAAUGUAUCUGAAGAAUAUAGUAAUUGACGGUUUUGUCCAUGGCAAAGUUGAAAUUACAUGCAACUCUUGGGUUCAUUCCAAAUAUGAUAAUCCUGAUAAAAGAAUUUUCUUCACCAAUAAGUCAUAUUUACCAUCUCAAACUCCAAGUGGAGUAAAGAAGUUAAGAGAGACAGAACUUGUGACAUUAAGAGGUGAUGGAUUUGGAGAAAGAAAAAUAUUUGAGAGAAUUUAUGACUAUGAUGUUUAUAAUGAUAUUGGUGAUCCUGAUGGUGAUGGUGAUGGUAAAAGACCAGUACUUGGUGGAAAAGAAUUACCUUAUCCUAGAAGGUGUAGAACUGGUAGACCAAGAAGUGAAAAAGAUCCAUUAUCCGAAUCAAAGAGUGACUUUACCUAUGUACCAAGAGAUGAAGCAUUUUCAGAAGUGAAGAACUUAUCAUUCUCAGGCAACACCAUUUACGCGGUCCUACACGCCGUUGUGCCAGGGUUGCAAUCGAUCAUCACCGAUCCCGAGCUCGGAUUUCCCCAUUUUCCGGCCAUCGACUCACUUUACAACGUCGAAGUAGAACUUCCGGCACUUCAAACAAAUAGCCUUUUUUCGAUUAUACGAAGGCUCAUUAGGGCAAUUUCUGAAACUAGAAAAGAUGUCUUGCUUUUUGAAACUCCUGAAUUUCUUGAAAGGGACAAAUUUGCAUGGUUUAGAGAUGUGGAAUUUGCUCGUCAAACCUUAGCUGGUUUGAAUCCAUAUAGUAUACGAUUGGUUACGGAAUGGCCAUUGAAGAGCAAGCUAGACCCUGAGGUGUAUGGACCUCCUGAAUCAGCAAUCACAAAAGAGCUCAUUGAAUUAGAAAUUGGAGGAUUUAUGACUGUUGAAGAGGCAGUUCAACAAAAGAAGUUGUUCAUCCUAGAUUAUCAUGAUUUGCUAUUGCCAUAUGUGAACAAAGUGAAUGAACUCAAAGGGACAGUACUUUAUGGAUCAAGAACUUUGUUCUUCUUGACACCUAAUGGCACAUUGAGACCUUUGGCAAUUGAGCUAACUAGGCCACCAGUAGAUGAUAAGCCUCAAUGGAAGCAAGUUUAUUGCCCAACUUGGUAUGCCACUGGUGCUUGGUUAUGGAGGAUUGCUAAAGCUCAUGUUCUUGCUCAUGACUCUGGCUAUCACCAACUAGUUAGUCACUGGCUAAGAACUCAUUGUUGUACAGAGCCAUACAUUAUAGCAUCUAAUAGGCAACUAAGUGCAAUGCAUCCAAUAUAUAGAUUAUUGUUUCCUCAUUUUAGAUAUACAAUGGAGAUAAAUGGUACAGCUAGAGAAGCACUUAUUAAUGCCAAUGGUGUUAUUGAGAGUGCAUUUUCCCCUGGAAAGUAUUCAAUGGAGUUGAGUUCUGUUGCCUAUGAUCUUGAAUGGAGGUUUGAUAGAGAAGCACUCCCUGAGGAUCUUAUUAGUAGGGGAUUGGCAGAGGAAGAUCCAAAUGCACCAUAUGGAUUGAGACUAACAAUAGAAGAUUACCCUUUUGCUAGUGAUGGUUUAGUACUUUGGGACAUACUUAAACAAUGGGUAACAAAUUAUGUCAAUCAUUAUUAUCCACAAACAAAUCUCAUUGGAUCUGAUGAAGAACUCCAAGCUUGGUGGUCAGAGAUUAAAAAUGUUGGACAUGGUGACAAGAAAGAUGAGCCAUGGUGGCCAGAGUUAAAUACCCCAAAUGACUUAAUUGGUAUUGUCACAACAAUAAUUUGGGUAACUUCUGGCCAUCAUGCAGCUGUUAACUUUGGCCAAUACAGCUAUGCAGGCUACUUUCCAAAUAGGCCAACAAUUGCUAGGUCAAAAAUGCCAACUGAGGAUCCAACAGAUGAAGAAUGGGAGGAUUUUUUGAACAAACCUGAGGAGGUAUUAUUAAAAUGCUUCCCAUCACAACUUCAAGCAACAACAGUAAUAGCAGUUUUGGAUGUUUUAUCAAAUCAUUCUCCAGAUGAAGAGUAUGUUGGUACAAAUAUUGAACCUUUUUGGAGAGAUGAACCCGUAAUUAAUGCGGCGUUCGAGGUAUUUUCGGGGAAAUUGAAGGAGCUUGAAGGGAUAAUUGAUGCUAGAAAUGCUGAUUGUAAUUUGAAGAAUAGAAAUGGAGCUGGAGUUAUGCCUUAUGAAUUAUUGAAACCAUUUUCUGAACCUGGAAUUACUGGAAAAGGUGUACCUUAUAGCAUUUCCAUUUGAUUUUUUU